CUUUUAUACAGUGUUGUUACCCACCACUUCUGUCCACUGGGGAUAGCACCAUGUUUCAGCUGAGGUCGUUUGUUCACCAGCGGCUGUACGCAGCGGCAGAGGAGAUCCUCGGAGAGGUGGAGAAGACCAUAACGUUAGCGCUGUACGAAGCCGGUGUCCACCGACCGAGAGAUGAGCCCCACGCUACAGAAUCUCCACUUACCACCGGUACUGUGACUGGAGAGGAAGUGCUGCAGGAGACCUCACCACAACGUUUGAUACAAGAACAGUCUGAGGUCCCAGGCUCCUCUCAUACAUGUGCAGAUACAGAAAACAAUGAUGGGACCUACUGCCUAGUUCAGAUAGACUUCAAAAUAAAAGAGGAGCAGGAGGAACUUGGGGAUGACAGUGAAACACAGGAGGUUAUUUCUCCUUCUCCUGAAGUUGUGAAAAUUGAACAAGAUCAGCCAGAGACACACAUGAUUAAUGAAUUGCCGCCAGUUUCUUCAGAUGACUCUGCAGCUCAGAGUGAGAACAGUGACAGUGAUGAGGAGUGGGUGCACAGCAAAGGGGCGGAGGCUUUGCAAAGACAGAAUGGCAGCAAGGAGCAGAAGGGUCAAGCGGCUUUGCCUGAUGGAGAUUCUUCUGCUAAAAGUCCAAAGGACCGCAGUGUUUGUCCUGUGUGUGGAAAGGGUUUCCAGUACAUCCGUCCCUUCAUGAAGCAUCUAAAAACACAUAACAGGACAAGCGAGUCUACAAAGGAGCUUCUAAGUCACUUGCAAAGUGCUCACAGCAAGCGCCUUGUUUGUGAAGUUUGCGGCAAGACGUUUACCAACCCUGGUUGUCUACAUAUACACUCAAAAAUACACACAGGGAUUAAAGACUUUAAAUGUCAAGACUGUGGGAAAUCUUUUGUCCGAAAAGAGCAUCUGACUGUGCACAUGCGGACUCAUUCGGGGGAGAGACCCUAUCACUGUGAUGUUUGUGGGAGAGCAUUCACUCAGAGCCAGAACCUCAAAGUUCAUAGACUGACACACACAGGAGAGAGAUCGUAUCAGUGUGGAUCGUGUGGGAAAUUCUUUUACACCCAUGGUCAACUCAAAAAACACAUGAAACGUUUUUCAGGAGAAAAACCCUUCUCCUGCGAUAUUUGUGGUAAAAUCUUUUGCCAAAGGGGACAGAUGACUGAACAUCAGGACGCCCAUGCAGGAGGGAGCAUGGAGUAAUUUAUACAUGUAUGGAAAAGCCCAUAUGGAUAAGAUUUAUUUAGGUGACACAGCUUAAAUGCACCUCGCAUUUGAUUGUGCCAUUUUCCACAAACAUAGCAGUUAAGAGAAUCUUAGUGAUCAUGAGUGUUGUUUCAUUCGCAGGAUGAAUAAUUCUUUAGCAAAAUGGUGUGAAAAGUCUCUCCUCUCUGUAUUGUAAUGGGGAUACAUGGAAAAUAAAUGACUUAA